AGCUGAGGUUUACUUUUACGUUACGUACGCAGUUGUCAGGUAAGUUAAAGAGACAGGUAAAAAGAGGUUCUCAUAUUCAGUCUAUGGGUCCUCAACAAGAAUAAUAAACAUUUAUAGGCCAUUUUUACUCCACUGUUAGUUUAAGGCAGUGAUUGAUUCGCCUUACUUGGUUUUACUUUAUAUUUUAACUCCAUUACAUUUCAGUGGGAAGUACUGCAUUACAUUUAUCUGACAUGCAAAACAUAUGAUAAACCUAUAAAAUAUGAUGCACUAAUACCGAUAGAUUCAGUGGUGGAAAGUAACUACAUCUAUUCUGUACUAUACUGUACAUUUUAAGCUACAUUUCAAAGGGAAAUAUUGAAUUUAUGAGUCCGUUACUCCUCUAGUGUGUAUCCUCUUCUUCAUCUGACAGUUUUACUCACUUGCUACUUUUCAGAUAACAAAUGUACACAGAAGACCUAAAAUAAACAUUUGUUAAGGGUUAAACAUAAAUAAAUAGUAACAUAUUUAAAGUGUGGUAGUUAAAAUUAGCUCCACCUUGACCAGCUACAACAUCCAUAAUAGGCUAAUAUAGUAAUGAUACUUGGAUAAUAUAGUAUAUGAUUCAGUAGCAUUACAAUUGCAGGGGCCAUUCUGCUGUUUAAUCAGUAUACUUUUAAUACUUUAAGUACUUGGUGAAAACUCUCAUCUCAUAGACAAGUGGGUUGCAAGUGGACACUACUUAAUUUUUAGAUCUCUCAAGCCAGAAAAGUUGGGAAGCAGUGGUAGUAUAAAGAAUAGCUUCUCUGCCAAGGAGAAGCAGUUGUUUCCCUCCAGAAAUUUCUAACAAAGGAAAAAAAAAAACCUGUAAUUAUUUCAUAAAGCAAGCUACAAAAAAGUGGAUGAUGUGAUGGCAUAUGGGUGGUCACCUCAUCCUCCUCCUCCCUGGUUACUUCCAGAGCCACAUGUAGUCUAAGAAUCCAAGUAUCCAAUCCAUUCAUCCAUUUAUCUGACAGUGUCAACUUUUACUGCAGUUACAAUCCUAUUUUUAUGACGGACAUUUUGACUUGACAUAACAGGAGCUUCAACUAAUAAGAUUAAUGACCUUGUUUGUUUUGAAGUCUCCCAGUAAGCAGUGCCAGUGAGUGAGUUUACAAUAUGGAAUAUGGAAGGCAGCUAAAAAAUCUGCCCUCCGUUGAGGUGACCAAGGAUCUGACAGGCCACAGUUUCCUGGAUCACAUAGCAGGUCAAGCAGAGGUAUUUGUGGUUUCUGUCGUUCAGCAGACCCAGGUUCACUAAUGCAUGAGCUGCUGACAUGGAACUGAACUCAUUAUCAUUUAGACAUUAUUAUAUUAUAUUAUAUUAUAUUAUUCUAUUAUAUAUAUUUUUAUCUUAAAAUGAAAAUUGGUAUUAUCGCCAGUUAUUGAUAAGAUGCAAUUUCUGUUUGGUUUAUGUUUUAGAAUUUAUUGAAUAUAUUUUUGUGCCUCUAUAAUAAAAUUUACCAUUCAAUUUUUCAUAACUGUUUGGAAAGUGAUUUAAUUCACAGUUAAUAUAUAUAUAUCUUAUAACAUGUUCUAAGGCUGGUUCAUUACUGAGAAGGUUUGAUAAUAAUUUUGUUUAAUUUGUUAAUAUAAAGGAGUGUGAUUUCCGGUCGACCUCUUCACGGGAGAAAGACGUUGAGGGGAGAUAGCAUGGUGGCUAACAAACUUGAGCACGAGUGAGAGACGCCGCGGACUAUUAAGUGUUUACCGGGUAGUUUUGUUCAGCUGAACUGUGGGAUGUUUGCUAGUUAACUCGCUCCUCUGUGAGUGUGAGAGUUUGUGACUGUUAGCGGACAACGAUGUAUGUUUUUUUUUUCCCCUACUGUGGAGCUAGCUAGCUUGAUUAGCUUAGCUGCCGCCAUUGCGGGAGCGACAACCGCCUUCUUCACCUGGAGGAUUUGCUCGACGCUGAGGACGGACUGCUGUCAGAAAGAUUCCCGUUGUGUGGUUCCGGCUGCUUGUCGCCUCUGCGGACCGAGAUGAGUGUGACCACAGGUGUUUUUGUCUCCAGAUGUGGUAGGAUUCACUCUCACUCCAUGCAACUGUUUGUUUUUUCCAUGAGCUCCACCAUUAAGCGCGCUAACGAACCUUGUUUAAAGAACAAACCAAACUAAAAAGUGCACUGAGGUUUAAACUAACUGAAAAAAAAGAGUAAACUUUCUUUGUUUCAUUUAUGUUUUUCAUAUUGGGGGUAUGUCUGGCGUGAGAUUCCUGCAUUCAGUCAAUACAAUGUUCAAACUGAGGAAAUGUGUUUGUGUGUUUUCACUGUAUUUGCUGAAUAAUUGAUAAGAUAAUUCACACAUUUCUGUAGUAACAUCACAUUGGGUUAUUAAAGCUAGUAUUGUUCCCUUAGCCUCUCAGUAGUUAUUAUAGAGAAUCAUACUUUCCCCUAGAGGUGUACAUUAUUCAAUGAGACGUCACUUUAACAAUUUUACUAAGUUUGAAGGGGUUUAAUACUUAAGUUAAUCAUGUUCUGAAUAAAGUGUUCACACAUUACGAGCUGGUGGUGAAAGGGUUGUAUUAUAUUAUAUUAUAACUCAAAUAGAAACAGGACGGCCUGUGAUGAUGUCUUUUCUUGUGUUUGUCCUAUAACAUAAAGUAAAUCAGUGGUUGUUGUGGCCAAAAUAGAUCUUAUGAAUGCAGGUUAACCAUAGGAAUAAACAUGGGAGGCCAGUUCCUGUGAAUACAACUUGACUAACAUAGAGUGACAGUGCGGAUGUUAGGUGAAUCAGAAAGUAAGAAAGGCAUGCAGCAUUUGUGGACUGCAUGAUCAUACAGGCUGAAGGUGGAAGAUGUGAGAGUGUAGAUGAAUAUAUGGCAGAGUUUAUGUUUCUUGGAGACAAACAUGUGGCCUGCAUCUUGAAGAGAUGUGUUUUCCCUGAUGCCACUAUGUGUAUGAUGUGUCACCCAGAAAGAACUGGUUUUACUUCCUGCAUUCAAAGUUGUGGUUGUUGUCAGUACCAUAGUAUAGAUAGAAGUAGUACUAUACCUUAGUGUACAAAUUUCCCUUUGUUUUUCCCCUGAAGAAGCUACAAGCGUGUUGCAUUUUGAAACUGAAAUAUCCUUGAUGUCUUCUGCACCAUUUUGUACACAUUUCCCCAAAAUUCAGCCUGACAUGUUUGGUAUUUUUGCAAACUUUUGGAUGUCCACUAGAAUUUGAAAUCAAAUCUCUGUGGUUUUGAGCAGAUUUGGCAGCGCAGCUUGAGUUAUGUCUGGGCUGCUGCUUUUUCAGAGGUUGCAAAAUAAUUGUGUGUCAUCAGAAAUAAUUUACGUGAACUUGGAUAGUCCUAAGCUAAAGUCUCUGUAUCAGUGAAGACAGUAUAUAAGGAGAUUGUUGCACUCUGCAAAACAUUACCAAGUAUUCGUCACUAGAUGUCCUCAUAAAGUCACUGAAUAUCCUUGGCUUCAAACAGCUGUGUGGAUUAGUUCAGUCCACAGGAUGGCAAGUGUGAAACAGCAUUAGGUUAUCUAUGCCUGAAGGCCUCCUGCUCUUUCUUCUUCACACCAGGGAAUGCAGGAAAAGAGCUGAACUUCAUUUUUGUGGAUGUAUGUGUGCAAGAGAAAUAGGGUGAGUGUGGUCACUGUGCAGCUGAUUGUUGACUGUCAGCUCGGGGUAGUUUUCUUUCACGGACUGUCAGCGGCACAUCUGUCCUCCUCCUCCUCCAUCAUGCUGAGUCUGAUUCAGCACUUCAACACCUACACAGAGAACCAAGAAUAGACUCAGGACUCUUACUGAGACUGGAGAGAUGAGGAAAACAACUGCUGCCUGAGACCACCCUGUCCCAUCUCAUUUGGUCCUAUCAUCUGUUGGAUAUAUACUGGGUAGAGUUUGAAUUGGGGGAGGUGGGGCCUCCUUGCCUAUGGCUGAUAUGUCAGUUAUUAUCGUGAGAGUCUCAUCGCACAUAUAGGCCUGAGUGUUGUCGAUGUACCGAUAAGGAUCCCCCCUCUCAACACAUUGUUAUAAUUGCCACACUCUUGUUUCAAAAGCCUAAGUCCUCAUGUGAUGUGAUCACACACAAUAUGCCUCCCAGGUGUCAGGUGCACUGCACUCUUGUUCCACCUCCACACACACACACACACACACACACACACACACACACACACACACACACACACACACACACACACAUGCACACCUGAGGCAUAUGGCUGAUAAAAGUGUAAGCAACACACACUCAUGCAAAAAGAUGUUUACAUACUGUACACAGAGUCUUUUUUUAAUCUGGUUGCAGCUUUCACUGUCAUGCACACACACACACACACCUGCAGCUGAAGCGUUAUAGGUCACCUUUACUACAAUAGAUCUCAUGGCUUAUACUUUGCUGGCCUCAAUAUUUAAUGUUAGCCUUCCAUUACCUCCGCUGCCCAGAGCUUCCACUCUCCAGCUCUCUCCAAAGCGUCAAAUCUCUCCACAGCGCACCCCCCACCCCCAUCCGCCGCGCAGCUCAGCGCGCCCCCCUCAUUUGGUUUCUGUUUCGGAAAGCGAGACAUGGCAAACAUGUAGUGGAGCAACUGACCGUGAUCAUCGCGAGCAGCGCAGCAUGAGAGGACGUUGUGAGCGUUUAUGAUGUGCGAAUAGCUGUGUUCUGAUGGAAGAGGCUCGAUAAAUCAAUGACAUCUGAAACAGCAUGAAAGCAUCUGGCUGUCAAGUUCCAGACAGUGGAUGCGCGCUGGAUCCACUGACACAUUACGCGCAAGAGGUUGCCACGGACAAGCGUUAGGUUUGACCUCUGUGGAAAUCAUUUCUGGGAGACAUAAUUUGGGGAGAAUGUAUCAAUGAAGAAUGUGACUGCGUCUGACUCUCUCCAAACGGGGUGGAUGAAGCCCUCGGCGGUGUCAUGCGUCUUGCCCCGCAGCCAAGCGCGCAACCCUUGCGGCUCAUAGUUCUGCUCCUCCUCUCCACGGGGGUGAUCACAUCCCCGGUGCUCUCCUCUGGCUGCCCGGACAGGUGUGUGUGUGAUGACCAGCUGGUGGUCCAGUGCGCUGGGCAGCAUCUGACCACCUUCCCGGUCAACUUGCCGCUGGCCACGCGGCAGCUCAUCAUCUCCAACAACCGCAUCGUGGAGCUGCCGCCGCUCGCGCUCAACUACCUCUCCGAUCUGGUGUACCUGGACUGCAGCAACAACUCCCUGACGGAGAUAUCAGAGUCCACGUUUGGGAAUCUACGCAAGCUCGCCUACCUGGACCUCUCCUUCAACACCUUGAUCCGAAUCGAGGACAGGACGUUCGGCCCCUUGACGAGUCUGGUGAUGCUGAGGAUGACAGACAACCCGGGGCUCUCGGAGAUUCAUCCGGACGCCUUUGCGGAAAACGCGGCCCUUCAGGUUCUGGAUGUGAGCCGGAACAACCUGACUGUCCUCAACAUCACCUCUCUGAUCGCGCUGCCCGCCCUGCGCUCGGUGGGGCUCAGCGGGAACCCGUGGAGCUGCGAGUGCGACAACGAAGACCUGUGUCUGUGGGUCCACCUGGAGGGUUUCAAGUUCCAAGAUGAGGGCCAGACAGUGUGUGGCUCACCUGCUGACAUACAGGGCCGUCGACUGGGUGAGGUGGGCAUCCAGCUACGGACGUUAUGUCACCAGACACUGGGCUCCUGGGACUAUCUUUUCUUUGUCGUCAUCGGCUUUGUCAUCUUUGCUGCUGGCACCGUGUCGGCCUGGGUGAUGGGCGUGAUCAUGGUGCUCUACGAGCGAUACAUCAAGAAGAAAGACGAACAGCUCGACGUGGACGACGCGGAAGAAACCAGUGAGGCGGGUCGUCCCUCACGGGCCAGGAAUGACCAUGGUAACGGGAACAUAAAAACCUCACAUAAUGUUUAAAAGAUUUAUUCUCACCCCGCCCGCUACGGAUUCCCACAGUGCCUCCUGUCAACUUCCAGGACUGUCUGUGAAGUCUAGUGAAACUCCAGUCAAACUUAUUCUGCUUAACUCUGAAACAGAAACGAGAGGAUUCAUCAGAUAAGGGGAAUGUCAUUCUACUCUUUUGUAGUGGGCUUUUCCGUAAAUGUAACACACACUCUGGCUGCCAUAAUGGAGGUCUGUGUAAGUUUUCACUGAGUAAUGGUCCGAAAAAACAACCUAUAUCAGUAAAGGUGGGUAUCUUGGAAGCAGCUAGCUCGCCAUGUGAAAUAACAUACUGGUUUAUAAUAAGAUAUUCUGAACACACGCUGACUUUGGUUUAUGGUGGUCUUAUUUCCCGCCUCAAAGAAAUAUUUUGACAUUUAGGAAAAUAUGCUUUCUUGCCAGGAGUAAAAUGAGAAGAUCAAUACAACUCUGUCUGUGCACUAAAUCUGAAGCAACAACCGUAACCUAGCUUAACUUAACGUCUGGCAGAAACAGCUAGCCUGGCUCUGUCUAAAGGUAACAAAACCAGCUGUUUCCCGAAUUUUCUGCUUGUAUGCGAAAUGAAGCUAAGCUAACUGGCUGCUGUGGCUGUAGCUUUAUAUUUAACAGACAACUCUUGGCAAGAAAGCACAUACGAAUAUUUCCCGAAAAUGUCUAACCUUUUCUUUGACCACCAUUUGGGUCAAGCUAAGACCAGCUAAAGAAAAGCAGUGCGCAUCAAAGACCAGCUCAGACCACCAACCUACAUAAGAUGGUGAUGGUUGCCCAUGGGAAACAGGGAAAAAAAUGCUUUCCGUCACUUUGUAAAUCAUUUUUAAUUGUUGACGGACGUAAUUUGACCAUUAGCUAUUAUAUCCAGUAGAAACCAUAAUUACUUUUUGUAACCUAAAGGUCUUUUCCUGAAAGUAGAGGUAGAAAUAUUAUUGGACUUGUUGUCCAGUAACCCAGGGGAUGUUUUCUCAAUGAACUAACAUAAGUUGGGCUAUUGAAUAAGCAUGCUAUAUUAUACAAGUUUGUAUAAUACUCUUGUGUUUAUAAUAUUACAAAUUGGAUAGAUACACUUGCCACUAAUUAAUCUGACAAUCUCUUUCUAGAUCCCACUAAUAUAGCAUUGUUUACACGCAAAACAUUCACCAUUGGACCUCCAUGAUGGCAUCAAGCAUUGUUGGAGAAUUGUGACUUAGCCUCACAGCAUCUUUGUAAAAUUGAAAGUGGUGUGGUCAUCCUAUUCAUUAGUAUGAAAGGAGAGGAUUAAAUGCAUUUUGUACAAUCCAUUCAUGUCCGUGUAGAUGAGCAAAGGGUUAGAGUGUAUGGCUGUAUGUGUGACUGAGCUUUUGCUGGUGUGAAUGUGUCAUUUUGUGCUCCAGUGAUGUUUGGUUUUGUACUAACAAUUCACCCCUCCCCUCAAUUAUUAGCCCAGAAACUGCAGUCAAGGUAUUUGUAGUGAGGAUCUACAGUAUUUGUGAAGAUGAGAGCCAACAUGUACCAUCUGCUGAGGUCUGUUUUGGCAGCAGGCCCUGCUGGAUGGCAAGUAAACAGGAGAGUGUGAUAAUUGAUUUAGGCUUCAUUGUCCCUGUGUUGGGAAACUGGCUUGAGUGCAGUGACUUGUCUGUUUCUGCAUGCACUGUUGAUGCACCAAAAAGCCUUAUGAGGUGUGUAUAAGCUGUGAGAGCAGUUCAUUUCAAUAAAGAAGGAAAUGGAAUUUACUGCAAUAUACACAGGAUGUAUAAAAGAUAAAUAUAUAAUUUCAGUCAUUUUGAGAGAAAUAUGAAAAUAUCUUGAUUUAUGUUUAUUCUUGAAUUGAUUAAUUUAGCCCAUGAUAACAGAUUUUCAGCAAUAAGACAGCUAAUGCUGUCAGGAAGGAAUUCAUUUCAGUCCACAAUUAUAAACAUCACUUAACUGUGUAAUCAGCACCUGCUUUGCUUGAGGUUUUACCUACAGUUUGUGAUAUGAGAUCACAAACUUAGCAUAUUUCUGCUUAUAGUUAUCUAUAUAUAUAUAUCUAUAUCUAUAUCUAUAUAUAUAUAUCUGGGUGUACCACUCCACUGACCAUGACAUUGACUGUUAUGAACUUGAGAAGGAAAGAAACAAAACUCUUGUUGGACAAGAGGAAUCAAGAGGUGGCUACACCAAACCGAGUGUGUGUGAGUGAGAGAGAGAGAGUGUGAGUGUUUCAGAAUUAUUCUUUUUUUUUUUUUUUUAAAAAGCAAAAUUGAACUUUUGAGGGACCUGAGAAAGAGCAUUCUCUCAAUAAUGUUUGCGCCAGCUGUUUCCCUCAUUUUAUGUUGUGCAGAUUUUACUUUAUACAAGUUUUACUCGGAAACUGUUGGAUUGAAAAGUUUGGAUGUAUGCUCGUCUGAGUUGGAGCUGCUGUAAUAAUAGUUAUAUCUUGAAACUCGUGCAGAAGACAUUUUGACAUGUUGCAGUAAGAAACACACAGGUGUAAAUAAUAAAGGUAACUGUCUGAAUUUCAUUCAGCUGCUUCAGUUUCUGAGGCGUGCUGUGCAUGCUGGCUCACUGUCGUGGCUUAUUGGCCAUCACUAAUGCUAUUUGUAACCUGUGCCUUUCCAACUGUGACAAGUCAAAAUGGCUUUUGUUAAAAACACCUAUUAUGUUGUUGUUAACUGACUUUUAUCCAUUAAAUUGUUGGACUGCAUACCAGGCUGGGAGAAGUGAGGCUGUAAUGGUGCUACCAAAUGCAACUGUGAGGAACUGGAUUAUCAGCAUGAAGUAAUAGUUGUUUGGCACUUGUAAGAUGAAAAGGUGGUGAAGAGUCAACACAGUCUGUUCUCUUUCUGUGAUGUGAUCUGCAAUACUAGUGAGAAACCUUUCUUCACACAUUUACUGGCACUCAUGUGCAUAUUAUUGAGUUGCUGGUUCAACAAAUGAACCAACAGAAUAAUAAUAAAAUGGUAUAACGCAUAAACCUGUGACUAUUAUAGGCCUUUUUCACUGCAGACAUUUUGACUAUAAUAACUUGGAAAGCAAAGGUGUAAUCAACACUUGCACCGAUGAUUUCAGGUUGUACUUUCAGGGCCUUGGUGUCAUACAUACUGGCUCAACAACAUGGUUUACUCAGACACUUAAUGGACACUUAAUUCAUGUUAUUAAUUGCACUUGUGCUUUUCCUGCUAUGAUAAGUCAAAGUGUUGUUUUGUUGCACUUAGUAAAAUGUGGUGUAAGAAAACAAAGAAAGUCUUUGGUAUAAGUGUAAUAUUUCUUCAUUACACCACAUAUAUAGAAGACACUUAGGAAUGAAUCUUGUGUGUGUUUGCUUGCACUCAUCAUGUAAGAAAGUGAUCCUGAUUCAUAACAGUAUGCAUAACUAUGCAUGUACCAAUGUACCGACCUACACAUACUUACUGGCAUAGCAUACGUAACUGGAUGCCAAAAGUGUCCGUCCAUCUCCUGUACAAUCACCCAUCUAAUGUACCUGUAAGUUGCCUACUGUAACAGUAUGCUGAGAUGCCUCUGAACAUUUCAACCAUUGGUUGCUGGUUGCUCUUAUGGCUUUGAGUGUAAUAUUUGCAUGGGUUCCUACAGUAUAUACAAAAUGCAAUGCAUCAUAUGCAUGUCUAUUGAGGUCUGUGUAAACUCUCAUCUAUAUCUACAUACACUGCAUUCAUAUACCAGAUCUGAACUGUGAGGGUGUAUUACAUUCAACUAAGCACACUGAUCAGGCCAUGUGUUGCCACAGGCAAGGGUGAGGGUGCUGCCUGGAAAUAGGAUGGCUGGCUGCUCUAAUUCAUGCCAGCACAGUGACACAGAUGGAAUGACAAGGGAUACCCACAAUAAAAAUUGCUGUUCGUGUGCACCUCACACGAGGUGAACACCUGGCUCUGAAAACUCUGUAUUGACAUUUUUGCUCCAUGGAGCUUCUGUAUAACAGCUGAAGUUGCUGUUAACAGCAUAUACUACCAUUAAGUGGUAUACUAAGUGGAAGAGCUGAAUUUCAACAUUCUGCACUUUUUACACCCCCACACUCCAAAAUCACCCCAUAUUGAGGCACAUGUAUGCAUGUGCUCAGACACGCAGACAAAAGCAUCAGUUCUGCAUCCAUAGCCGACUCCAACUCACAUCACCUCUCAGUACACUGCACUGUGUAAAAGCUUAGAAGAAGUGCUCUACGCUCACAAAACGCUACAUUACAGACAAUUACCAGAACAGCAUCAAAAGAACAAAAUAUGAAAUUUAAAAGAGUUAGACAAAGAUGUGGAGAGUGAUGACAUUCUGACGUGUGUACGUUAAAGAAGAAGCCACAGCUAGCAGCUGAUUAGCCCAGAUUAGCAUAACGACUGCAAACGGGAAAACAGCUGACCUGGCUCUGUCCAAAGGUAGAAAAAAAUCCACCUGACGCUCAGUAAUUAACACAUAUUCUUAUCAAAUUUGUUUAAUCUAUACUAAAACAAAGUCUAAAACUGUGGUUGUCCUGGGAGUUACUUUGUGUUGGAUUACUCCAUGGCCUGGAGCUACAGAGUAAACUGCUGAGUGUUUUUUUAUUUAGUGCAUGAGUGACUGAAGGAGUGGUUUCUGACACAAUGUAGGAUUUUGUUUAGCAAGGUUAAGAGGUGCUGUUUGGCAGAUUCUUUUUAUCCUUUCGACAGAGCUUUAUGCUAAGCUCAGCUAACCUGCUGCUGGCUGGAGGUCACAUCAAACUCUCAGCAAAAAAGGUGAAUAGCCGCAUUACCCAGGAUGUUGAACUCUUGCUUUAAGAUAAUAUAUAGAGGUACUAAUGGAGAUACUGUUUACUUCUCUCUAUCCCAUCAUUCACCAGCCGGGCUGAUGCAGUGGUCAGGAUGUGCUUCAGGACAGAGAUGCACUCAGCUGGCUAUAGUCACAUCAAUAGCACAGCUGUGACUGCGAGCCAGUUGAGUGAAUAGACGAGGAAAUUCACAUAGCUCUGGGAUACAGAAGCUCCUGCAGCCCUGUUUCCUGCCCGUGGUUGUUUAACUCAUAUUUUUGCACCAUUGUGUGCAUCCACUGAGCUGAAGGCAAACUGGCCACUAUAAAACGCCUGCAGAUGGGAGAUGUGACAUUAAGUAAGAGCGGCUCUAACCGACCGUAAUAGCCCUCUGACACAUCUACUUACAAACAAGCUCACUCUCUCUCUCUCUCACACACACACACACACACACACACACACACAAACACAAAAUGGGAAGAAAAUCCUUUAGUCAUGGAGCAGUGGAAUGACUUGACACCAAAGUUAGAAAUGAGGGAUAUUUUUCCAGUGACUGGUGCUUGGAAACUGGGUGUCUGUUUCAGUAAUUUCAUGAAAAUUUCAUCAUUAAUCACUGCCACAUAUGGAUGACGGCACUAAAUUACUGACAGCAGCAUCCAAACCACCCAAACUGCUGCGCCAAGCUGGAACAUGUCAUGCUCUGGAGCUAGAACGUAAAGCAACUGCUGCAACUUAUAUUAAGUUAAAUAUAUUUCUAAUGCUUACAAUUGUAAACUUACAGCCAGUGUGUACAAUGAGUGCUCCUGUUUUGUACUCUCAUUUGCUUUAAUGGUUCGUCACUUCAUAUUUUGACCACAGUGAAAGCACGGAAACGAGGGACAGGAACGAGCAUGAUGCCUGGUUUUCAUUACAGGCCAAAUAUGACUUCUCUCCGAGCUUUCACCAGUUUCAUUUCCCCCAUUUUCUCCAUCAUUAUCACACUGUAUUAUCAGCAGAAAUUAUUUGUCAGCGGGGAUUUAUUUCAAAUGAAUUAAAUGAUUGUGUUCGAUCCUAUGUUGCAUAUUGUACGUUUUCUGGUGGACUUGAUAUUGACAAGCUCUACUUAGCCUUCCUCUGGGAAAGUGGCUAUUGAUUGAUGGUGAAGAGUGAGCCCCUGCCUCCCCUUGGCAGACAGUAGGAUGGUCCUACUGCUGUUACAUAUCUGCACAUAGGCUCAGGGGCCUGCCAACUCUGUAUCCUUCCCCAGCAAUAAAAGGUCAUUUGAGA